GCUGAUGUUAACAGCUGCAGUCUGUUUCUGCAAGUUAUUUGGUUGUCAAAACUGUGUGAUCUUUUUAAUAAAUUCGACGUAGAAAACAAAUCAAGAUGGGAGAUAACGAACAGAAAGCUAUGCAGCUAGUUGCUGAUGCAGAGAAAAAAUUGAAAUCUUCUCAAGGAUUCUUAGGAUCAUUGUUUGGUGGUUCAUCAAAAGUUGAAGAAGCAUGUGAAAUGUAUGCACGUGCUGCAAAUAUGUUCAAGAUGGCAAAAAAGUGGAGUGCUGCUGGCAGUGCUUUUUGUGAAGCUGCAUCACUUCGUAUCAAGACAGGCAGUCGCCAUGAAGCUGCAUCAUGCUAUGUUGAUGCUGGAAAUUGUUACAAAAAGUCUGACCCACAUGAGGCCAUAAAUUGUUUAUUAAAGGCUGUUGAAAUAUAUACAGAUAUGGUAUGUGAUGUCCCAGAAGGAAAGUUUGUUUAUAUAAAGGCAAUAACUCAUUUUGAACAAGCAGCAGAUUAUUUCAAGGGUGAAGAAUCUAAUAGUUCAGCCAAUAAAUGCUUGCUUAGUGUAGCCAAGUAUGCUGCACAACUUGAACAAUAUGAAAAGGCAAUUGACAUCUAUGAGCAAGUGGGAACAGCUUCUUUGUCAAAUACUUUAUUGAAAUAUAGUGCCAAGGAAUACUUCUUCUGUGCAUCUCUCUGUCAUAUGUGUGUUGAUUUGUUGAAUGCUGAGCAUGCUAUCAAAAAGUAUGAAGAAAUGAAUCCGUCAUUUGCUGAUUCACGUGAAUGCAAAUUUGUAAAAACUUUAUUAGGAAAAAUGGAAGAACAGGAUAUCGAUGGAUUUACAGAUGCCAUUAAGGAAUACGAUUCUAUUUCUCGCCUGGAUCAGUGGUACACCAACAUUCUCCUUCGGAUCAAAAAGUCUAUAGUAGAUGCACCCGAUCUCUGCUGAAAAAGUAACUCUUGUCAGUCUUUUGAGAUUACUUAAAAUAUUUCUGUAUAAUAUUGUGUUGUGUAAUAUGUUUUAGAUAAAUCUAUAUGUAUAUAUGUACUUUAAAACAUAUUUUCUUCCUUUAAAAAUAGCUUUUUGGUAGCUUGAAACAAGAAGCAAAAUUAUUUUUAUUUCACAUUGUAUAAAAUGCUAUUGAAAAAAUCACAUCUGUAAUACAUUCCUUACGUUAGUUUUCAAAAGUAUUAGUUUAUUUAAUAUAUUUUACGUUAAUAUUUUUGAAAAUGAUAAUUUUGAGAAAUUUAUAUACUGUAUAUAUUAGU